UUGGAACUCUGGGCACAUCCCAUGUGCUCCUGUAUACUUCUCUCUCUACAAAGUCAGAGGAGAACAGACUCCAAGAACCAAUCUCAUUGUCAUUAUUUAUUCAUUUGUAACCUUGUGGGCAUUCCAAGAUUGAUCAGAACUGAGCAGAUAGACUGCUUCCAUUGAUGUUCUUAAGUAGAUAAGAGUGGGGUUUCAGUAAGGGUGGAUCAGAGAAGCAAUGAUGGCCACAAAGCAGCUUAUCCAACCACCAAUCCCAAUCCCAAUAUCUUGCCACGUGUCUCCUCCAAAGCCCACCUCUGUUAGACUGACAAAAUUUCACCCCAUUAGCUCCUUUUCUUCUUCUUCUUCUUCUUCUUCUUCUUCAUUGUCAUCUUCUUUCUCUAUCAAAGCUGCAGAAACAGAUAGUGUAGAGUCUGAAUCAGCUGAUGUUGCUGAUGAUGAUGUAAUAUUCCCAACAGACUAUGCUUCUCUAUCCCAGAUUAAAGAGGAUCUUUUUGCUAAACUUCAAGGAACAAAUAGAGGCAUAUUUGGGACCCCAUCAGCAAAGAAGGCUGAAAUUGAAAAACUGGUGGAGCUAUUGGAGGGUCUGAACCCCACUCCUCACCCAACCCUCUGCUUAGAGAAGGUAGGUGGAGCCUGGAGGUUGGUCUACAGCACCAUUACCAUUCUGGGCCCAAAAAGAACUAAGCUAGGAUUGAGAGAUUUCAUUUCCCUGGGAGACUUUAUCCAGGCCAUCAAUGUUGCUGAGGGGAAAGCCGUGAACAUAAUCAAGUUCAGCUCCAAGGGUCUGAAUCUGCUGAAUGGUCAGCUGAUCAUCGAAGCCACAUUCAAGGUUGCAUCAAAGACGCGCGUUGAUAUCAGCUACAGCAAGUCGGAGAUCACUCCCAGUCAGCUGAUGAAUGUUUUCCGAAAGAACUAUGAUCUUCUUCUCGGCAUCUUCAACCCGGAAGGAUGGCUUGAUAUCACGUAUGUUGAUGAUUCUUUGAGAAUAGGCAGAGAUGAUCAAGGAAACUUGUUCAUAUUAGAGAGAGUCGUCGACGACAACACAAUUAUUAAUUUCUAAUUUUCUUUCUUUUCUUUUUUUUUUAUGUUUUUUUUUUUCACUAUUCAUUGUUCUAAUUUGCUACUUUAUGUCAUAAAAAUAUUAUGUCAAAUUAUUACUAAACUAUCAAA